ACGACUGUUUAUUUCUCGUCAUGCACAUUUGCUCGAUCCAACGUGACACCGGUAUUUAGUAACAAAUAAACUUAAUUAAUAAACUUCAGAAAAAGUAAUAAUGAUAAUUAUUCCUCUAUUCGUCAGGCACCUGAAGUCAAUCUCUCGUCUGCACGUUCGGUAUCUUAACGAAAAUACGAAGGACCUGAAGUGGCGGAGGAUAAGGGAUUUCGAGGCGAAGAUGCCAACAUCCAGGAUUGACCCAGUGAUCACAAAACUAGAGAGCCCAGAGUUCAAAUCGAUUUUUACACCUGAGCUGGAGCUACUCCAGUCUGUAUUCAAGAAGUACAAUCAUGAAUUAAGGAUUGCUGGAGGUGCUGUCAGGGAUUUACUCACUGGUAAAAUUCCCAAGGACAUUGAUUUUGCAACAACAGCAACACCGGACGAGAUGAAGGAGAUGUUCAACCGAGAAGAGAUACGAAUGUUGAAUUUGAAAGGUGAAAAGCAUGGAACUGUCACUGCCAGGAUCAAUGACAAGGAGAAUUUUGAAGUGACAACCCUGAGGAUCGAUGUUGUCACUGAUGGAAGACACGCUGACAUCGAGUUCACCACUGAUUGGAAGCUAGAUGCCAACCGGAGGGAUUUGACCAUCAACUCCAUGUUUAUGGAUUUUGAAGGACGAGUUUAUGAUUAUUUUUUCGGAUACGACGACCUGAAGAAGAGGCGAGUGGCUUUUGUGGGGGACGCAGGGACCAGAAUCUGCGAGGAUUUUUUGAGAAUUUUGAGAUACUUCAGAUUCUAUGGAAGAAUAUCAGAGCACCCUAACAGCCACGAGGAGUCAAUAAUCACAGCAAUAAAACAGAACGUGGAGGGACUCGAGAGAAUAUCCGGGGAAAGAAUUUGGUCAGAAUGGAAUAAAAUUCUCGAUGGCAACUUCGGUGUUGAGCUCACUAAAAAAAUGGUGGAAUGCGGUGUAGGAAAAUACAUAGGUCUUCCGGAAGCCCCGGACCUGGUGAAUUUCGAGAGGAUAUGCCAGAGCGCCAAGAUCCAGAGAUUGAAAUUACAUCCGGUUACGAUGAUCGCAUCGAUGCUGAGAAACGAGCAAGAAGCCCUCAAUAUCCAUUCGAGACUUCACUGGUCCGCUUACAAUCGUGAUCUUGCCCUCUUCCUCGUCAUCCACAGAGAGGAUAAAAUCUCGGUUAAUCCUCUCCAUCCGUAUCAGUACAUUGUCCUCAAUUCAUCUGGCAAGAUCAAAGACAUUCGUGAGUACAUUGUCGAGGUACUCAAGUACAAAGGUACCCCAGAACUUGCUGAACAAUUUGAGAAGUGGAUUCCACCAAAGUUUCCGGUGAACGGUAAUGACCUCAAGGAACUCGUCACUCACCGCAGAUUGAUUGGCCAGGCCAUCAUGAGACUCAAGAAAAUUUGGUUGGAUGGGGAUUUUAAAAUACCCAAAGAAGAACUUUUAAAACGUCUGCCGGAAGUACUCGAAGAGAUCAAUGAAGUGUGGAAUCAAGAAAAGAAGAAGGAAGUGGUUAGUGAUAGUAAAUAAAUU